CACCGUGGAGCCCCUCCAAAGCACCAGCCUGACGCAGAGAGACCGGUCAGCAGGCCAUGUACUGUACGUGUUUUAAAUAGCCUCCACAUCUGAGCCGGUGUGUGCGCUGGUGCUCAGUCCCAGCUGCAGCCUUGUAAUUUGGGCCAUUGCUGCUGCUGCUGCUGCUGCUGUGUGGAAGGGCUGUGGUCUGAGCACGCUCAACCCUUGGCUUUCUUUAGGCGUCUAGAUGGGAGGGUCUGAGCUCACGCCGGCGUGACAUGGAGAGGAAGCGGCCUUGUUCUCACGGCAAACCGCUGACAUGAAGCAAGAGCACACGCACGCAGAGCGCUUCAAUGGAAACAUGUCGGCACCUCAGCUUUCCUGGCCCGUCCCCAUGAGGGCCAUCGGGGCCCAGAACCUUCUGACCAUGCCCGGGGGCGUCACCACAUCCGGAUACCUCCACAAGAAAGGCGGGAGCCAGUUUAGUCUCAUGAAAUGGCCCUUGCGCUAUACAAUCAUUCACAAAGGAUGUGUAUACUACUUUAAAACCAGCACCUCUGCCACGCCACAAGGGGCUUUCUCACUCAGUGGUUACAACAGGGUUAUGAGAGCAGCGGAAGAGACAACAUCAAGUAACGUGUUCCCCUUCAAGGUCGUGCACUUCAGUAAGAGACACAGAACGUGGUACUUCUCAGCUGCCAGCGAGGAUGAAAGGAGGAAAUGGAUGUGUCAUUUGAGGAGAGAAAUCGACCACUAUAAUGACCGCAGAGACACCUGUGUUCCAAGUGACUCAGACUCUGAUGCGGAGAGUUUCUAUGGGCCAAUCGAGUGUCCACUGGACAUCACCCAUACUGCCGAGAACCCUGAGGGAGAUUACCUGCUAGAGGAGGACUCUGAUGAAGAGGAUUACCUGAAGCCUGAUGGACCAUCUCCAACAUCAGGUCGACCCAUUGCGCCUCCUCCCUCGUACCCCCCUCCUCCCGUGCCCUACCACCCCCACCCAAACUCGCUGUCCGCUCUCUCUAAGGGCCCCCCACCGACACCUCCACCCAUCCCGAAGAAGCCGCCCCCAGGCUACCCCGUGCCCUCCCCGUGUAGCCUACCCCCGAACUUUCCCCCGCCAAUGCCCCACAUGCCAAUACCCCACAUGCCCACAUCCCCUGUGCCCAAACCCGCGGCCUUGCGGAGCCCUACCCCUCCAUCCCUGGAGAGCCUGAGGAAGAUCAGCACGCGGACGGCCUCCACCAUGCCCCUGAUGGAGUGCCGGGAGCGGAAGCCCAUCCCCUCCGAGUUCGCUCCAGCACCGGCAACUCUUCCCUUUGUCAAGAAGCCCCCUCCCUGCGCUCCACCCAACAGACCUCCUCCUCCUUCUGUAUCCAACCACUCCCACAUGCACAAGCCCCCACCCUUGCUGCCCAGCACAGGUGCCAAGCCCACCUCGCCCAACCUCUCUCUGGUCAAGCCCAAGCUAACCCCUCCCAAGCCUCCCAUUCCGGGCCAAGUCAAGCUCACUACAAGAGGACCUUCACUGCAAAGAUCUUCUCCAGAUGGGCAGAGCUUUCGCUCCUUGGGGGAUGAGAUGCCCAGCGUGGUGAAGAAGCUGGCCAAGCUGAAGAGGGGAGGAGAGGAAGACUCUGAUGACGACUACGAGAAUGUGCAACUGCCAGAUUCUGUAUUUGUGGAGACAACAGAAACCAGCAUUGUUGAAAGAAUGUUUAAAGAUUGGUGUGGUAGCUGUCCGCAAGAUGGACUUUACUGCUUCCGCAAGUCAGGAACUAAAACAUCUAAGGUGCUCGUUGUGUGGGAUGUGAGCUUAAUGAAAGCAAGGAACUACAGGCUCUUUGAAGAGGAUUCAAAGUUCUUCCUGGAGACGGACUGCACCUUUACCUCGCUGGCCGAACUGGUGGAGUACUACCACGGCAACCCGCUUCCCAACCACGGUUCGCUCUGUUUGCAGAAGCCUUACGGCUACACUCCACCUAGGUGACCUCACCUAUCCGCCGCCAAGGGACUCAUGUCACCAGUGACUAACUAGCUGCCUGCCAGCCUGCCUGUGCACAGCGGCUCCAGACUCCCAUGCCUGGAGUCAAGUGCCCCCUCCAGGUUGAGACUUGUCACUACAUCUACGGAUGGCCCCAUCAUCUGUCAUGUGGGAGGACACAUAUAGUGUGUGUGUGUGUGUGUGUGUGUGUGUGUCAUCGGAUUCGAUGGACAACCACAAGCAAGUGUGUGUGUGUGUGUGUGUGUGUGUGUGUGUGUGUGUGUGUGUGUGAGAGGGAGAGAGAGAUUGUGUGUGUGUGUGUGUGUGUGUGUGUGUGUGUGUGUGUGUGUGUGUGCGAGCGCUGCAGGGAGGAACAGGACACACUUCCCUCUGAAUACCCACAUUCUCCGCAGUGGACUGAAGAAGGAUCUGCAAACUGCUAGGGGCGAUGAAUCAUGUCAGAUUUGUCGUGGGGUUGAAAAGGCCAAGGGCUCAAAUGCCAAGGCAAUACAAACUGCUGUUGACAGCCUUGACCGGACUCUGUUAAAAAGGUCAAGCUGGAACAGAUGUUCAAGAAAGACAAAGCAAGGAGCAUUAAGAGGACAUCACAGUGUUGUGUUGUGUUGUUUGUCAGCUGGUUGAAAUGAAAACGUGCGUGUUCUGUGCGUAUUUGAAUUGAAACGCUGCACAUAACAUAACAGAUCCACUGAGGUGUGAAGCCUGGAGCUCAUUGAAGAAAGACUUUUGAAUAGCUGGGGGGACAUUUAAUGUGUCCUAAAUAUUCAUAUCAGAAGGAUGUUUUCUAUUCUAAGUUACAGGUUCAUGUACUGACGCUCUUCUGUAGCUCUGCUACUGGAGCAACUUGCAAGUAAUGCCAAGGUCAUCGAGUCCAGGCACACAGAUACUGAUCAAACGCAAACCUUCUUUGUACUGAUUGUGAAUACAUGCAUUUGGAAGUGUGCUGGCAAAACUGUAUGUACAUGUACAUUAUCACAGUAUAUUUUAAUAAUAAUAUGUAUAAAUUAAAGGAUUUGUAUGCUAA